GGGAUCCACAUCCUUGGAUUGCAGACAUCAUUCUCCCAAGGUUGUCUGAUCCUUAGACCUGUGUGUUCUAUACACACCCAGCUCUCAAUCUGCUAUUCUAUAGAACCUUCAUGUUGCUGGAUAGUGUGUGGAACUCUCCAGCUGCUACAUAUGUCUUUUUCUCUAUCAACGCAAUCCUCUUGUAUUUAAAGGACCAGUAACCUGCACACCAUCAUCCUUCAGCCCAACAGAUUUUUUGUUGUUCUUUCUAUUUUAGGUAAACUACCCAAUACAUAAAUAUUGUAUAUUAUUUAAAAAUAGUACCCAGGGAAGAGGAGGGGUUGGUAACCCCCAGCUGUUGCAGUCAUUUGCUAUUGGGCUUUUUUUUUUUUUUGUCCUGGUUUUUCUUUCUCGAACAGUAAACAAAAAGCAGGAGCUGCAGUUGUUUCCAGCAAAGCCCCGUUCGUAUCAGAGUCACUGAUGAGAAGCCAAAGGAUCUGGGAGCCGAGCCUGCACCAGAUACUGCGCUGCCCAAGUAAAAACAGUACUGAGUCACUGCUUUGAUUCUCAACAAGAUGGGAGGUUUGUGAAGAUAGCUCUAUCCCAUCCUAUGGAAACUCAAGGCAGCAUGGAGCAACCAUUCAACAUAUCAUCUCUGAAACGUCUAACAGCCAUGCCGGACCACACGGAUGUGUCACUAAGCCCGGAGGAGCGUGUUCGUGCAUUAAGCAAACUGGGUUGCAAUAUUACUAUCAACGAGGACAUUACUCCACGGCGUUACUUCAGGUCUGGAGUGGAGAUGGAGCGCAUGGCCUCUGUGUAUUUGGAAGAAGGAAACCUGGAAAAUGCGUUUGUCCUCUAUAAUAAAUUUAUCACGUUGUUUGUUGAAAAACUGCCCGGCCAUCGAGACUACCAGAAAUACGAAAUCCCUGAGAAACAGGAUAUUUUGAAGAAAUUAAAGGAAAUUGCUUUCCCAAGAACCGAUGACUUGAAAAAGGAUAUUUUAAAGAAAUAUCAUUUGGAAUACCAAGAAUAUAUCCAUGGGAUUAACAAAAGAAAAGCAGAAUGUAUGAAAAAAAUGGAACAGCAGCAGCUCAUAGAAGCUGAAAGGAAACGUGUGGCACAGUUACGCCAGCAGCAGAUACAAAAUGAGCAAUUUAGCUUCUUUGAGGAUCAGCUUCGGAAACAAGACUUGGCGCGAGAUCAGCUGAAAAGCAAAGACUCCAAGGUGUCUGAGCAGAUUGAUGGAGGCAUGUCAUCUUGUAUCUCUUCUCCCAAAAGCAAUUCUUUAUGCAAUGCGUUGACGGGACAAUCUGGAAAAAAAGCUGGGAGAAAUGAUGCAGCCAUGUAUGCUGGGCAGUCUCCUCCGGUGAACAGGGCCUUAAGGCCGGCAGCUACAUUAAGUGCUGUACAGAAUGAAAUUGUAGAAGGCUUACGUAUUGUAGUUCUGCCCAAAGACCUGUCACAAAAGUUCUUGCAAUUGGCUGAUGUGAACACGACCAAGGGCAUUGAGACCUGCGGGAUCCUCUGUGGCAAACUGACACACAAUGAAUUCACGAUCACCCAUGUAAUUGUACCCAAGCAGUCUGCAGGACCAGACUACUGUGACAUGGAGAAUGUGGAAGAGUUAUUCAAUGUACAAGAUCAACAUGAUCUGCUCACUCUGGGCUGGAUCCACACCCACCCAACACAAACUGCUUUCUUGUCCAGUGUUGAUCUCCACACACACUGCUCCUACCAACUCAUGUUACCGGAAGCCAUUGCUAUAGUUUGUUCACCAAAGCACAAUGAUACGGGGAUUUUCCGACUUACAAACGCUGGUAUGCUGGAAGUAUCUGUAUGUAAAAAGAAGGGCUUCCAUCCACACAGCAAGGACCCGAGGCUAUUUAACACUUGCAGGCAUGUGAUUGUAAAAGAUGCAAAAAUCACUGUGCUGGACCUGAGGUAAUAGAGAUUGGGGACAGCUGUUCUCGCCGAUGAAAAUGGCUUCAAAAGUGGCUGCCAGUUUUCUUAAAAUCAUUUCCAGAAGUAAUAAGUGGACUUUUUACUAAUUUAUACAUUUUAAAUGUGAUGGUUUCAUAUUUAUUGCUCCUGCACAUUUUCUUUUGAAUUUUAUUGAAUUCCGUUAGUUGUUCAUAUAGAUCAAAA